AUGCCGUUUAUGUGUGAUGUCAGCAUUUACGGAGAGUGGAGGUACUCUUGGUCCGCUUGUCAAUUUCAAGCAUUCUGUUGCGUCGUGCUAGCUUACAUCGCUCAACUUAUGUUCCCACUGACGGCUAUCAAUCGCUACGUUCGGGUACUGCGUCCUCGGAUUUAUUCGAAGCUUUUCGUAAGGAAGUAUACCUUGCUGUCAAUCAUCAUCGUGUCACUUUGUGCAAUCAUUGCUCCGUUGCCUUACCUUCUAAGAGGCCAUACUUUCACUUUUCAUCCAGGAAUGAUGAUCUGUUUUUAUGCCAUCGAAAAUUCUAGAGAAAAACAAUCAAUUUAUAGAAUUGUUUUCUUUACAAUCUUACCCAUGGUAAUCGUCGCUUUUUGCUAUUUUCGAAUAUACAACUCCGUCAAAAAGCACUCAAAAAUGGUGCACACCCUCAGAACAGACCUCCGCCGCAACACGAACGAUUCUAUUGCCAUGGAAACCAAAGUCCAUCGCCUUGGCAAUGUGCCAGAUAUGACAGUCACUUCUGUAUCAAGCAAUAGGCUAUCACUUGACGAUAUUUUGAUGACAAAAACAUUGUUUGCUAUUAUUUUUGCUUUCUUUGUAUGCUGGACCCCUCUUUAUAUCAUCACAGCUAUAGAUACAGCGAAUGGAGCAUUUGAUCUUCCUAGGCAAGCCUACUUUUUUGCCACGUACCUAGUUGGGUUAAGCAGUAUUAUCAACCCUCUGAUAUUCGGGUACAUGAAUGCUACGUUCCGGGAAGAAUGCAAAAUGCUCAUAAAAGCGCUGGGACUGAAGAGGCCUCUUCAAGUAAGAGCGGUCGAUAAUUAA